UGAGAUGGUUUGGCCAUGUGAGACGGCGGGAUGCUGACGCCCCUGUACGGAGAUGCGAGAGGAUUACAGUUAUUGGGGGAAGUAGGGGAAGGGGUAGGCCUAGGAAGAAUUGGAAGGAGGUGAUUAGGCAGGAUUUAGGACUUCUCGACCUGUCUGAGGAUAUGGCCCUAGAUAGGAACCUUUGGAAAACUAGGAUUAGAGUAGCUGGAUAGGAGCUCGGUGUUGUAGAGGUAGUUUUGUACUGUGCUAUAUUUGUUUGGAAUCUUCUGCUAUUGUGGAGCCGGGGGUCUCUUGGAAACAGCCUCCCUACUUCCGAGUAGAGGCAAGUGUUAGAUUAUGAAUUUCUUCAUCUUGUUUAUGCCUUUAGUUUAUUUUCUUACUCUCUUAUCUUUUAUCAAUCUCUUAGAUUAAGUAUGCUAGGCUAGAUGUUCUAGCCUAGGUUAGGGAUGGAUUGUUAAUUUGUGUUUAUUGUCAUUGGGUUGUCGUAGAUUGUGAGAUAUUGCUCUAGGUUUGAAGAGAUUGUGCCUUACUUAGACUUGGAUGUUAUUGUUGGCCACAAUGGCAUUCUUGUAUUACGGAGUGGUUAGCAUGAAAUCUCUAACCCAGCCUAAAUUCACAUAUAACAAUUUUAUAUUGGGGGUUGGUUACACUUUCCGCUCAAUUCCUAACCAAUUACGCAAUCCCCGUGGAUUCGACAUCCCUUACCUCUACCACUACUCAUUCCAUUUACAUUUUCCACAUUUCCAUUUCACUCCACCUCAUCUCUUUUUGAUCAAAGGUUUUCGGUAUCAAACGACGUAUCAAAAACUUCUCGCAUCACGCCGCAGUUUCAGUACUCAAUAUAUUGGAUUUCUCAUUGAUUGGGGUUCUUAAAUUCGUAGCAUUAUGAUGGAAUUUGUUUAAUUCUCUUUGCAGGAGCUGAGUAUGGAGAAAGAUGGCACUCCAAUGUGGAAGAAACCUCCAAAGAGCAACUGGGAAAUAGUCUAUUGAAUGGAAGCCAAUACUUGGCGACGACGAUAACUGGAGCGGACAACUCUGGAGCCAAGCAUCUGAUGCAAUGACUACAAGGCUCUAUUCUCAUAAAGAUUUGGACAUUUUGGUUUAAGUUCCUGUUUUAUUUUUCUUUUAAAACUCACUAGUUCUCUAACCCGUGCGUUGCACGGACAGUAUUUUGAGACAGUGAAAGAAAAUAAAAAAUAAAUUUAUAUUGUAUAUAAAAACCACACAACGAAAUUGUUUUAUUGUUUCUUCAUAUAUUUAAUUCUAAUAUGCCUCCUAAAAUAAGAAAAUAUGAAUUUGGGUAUGCAAAAUGUAAAAAGAAACAAAGGAUUGAAGAUAUAAGUUGCACAUGGCCAUCUUAAAUGAUUGGGCGGCACUGUUAUAGGUGCAAAUAUCCAACGAACCCAUACUAAUCAUUUUAAGUCAUCUCGUGAAGUAUUUAAGAUACCCACUCACAAAUGUUGUUACUUACAAAAAUCUUAAACUUAGACCUCCUUUACAGUCCGCUCCCAUGUUGGGAAUAUAUAUUCCACUGCCGGAUACCAUUUUGAAGGCAGUCCCAAAUUUUUGAAGGUUCCUGCAGGCUCUACCCCCUGUUUAAAGCCGAAAUGCAAAAAACAAAUUUUAAAUCUUCUA